GAUCGGCCCAAUCCCCCUCCUCCUUCUCCCGUGCUCCUCGGCAUGCAUGUUUCGUCCGGCGUUUGGCUUUGGCACGGUGGGGAGGACACUGCUGCGCUGGUCCGCAGCGGCCAGCACGCCGUCGAGGUCGAGGCCGGCCGGACCUAGGCUGCCACACCUACACUCUAAGAGGAAUCUUGGGGAUACCGCUGGCCAUCGUGUUGGCUUCUUUAGCAGGGACCGCAGGGCGUAUGUGAUGGUAAUACCUGCAUGCUAUGUUGGUCUUGGACUUUGGUAUAUGAAGAAGGUUGAAGAGCAUGCAGCUGAGAAGUCCACCCGCCCGUCGAAGAUUGACUGGGUGGAAGCUGGUGUUGUCUCCCGGGUUGUGAGGAAACAAAAUGGCUGUGGCUGCUGUUGGGCGAUGGCGGCUGUAGCCUCAGUGGAAGCAAUACACAUCCUAAAAACCUCGCAGUCAAUCUCCCUCUCAGUUCAAGAACUCAUUGACUGCGAUUACAGCAACAGAGGCUGCUGGGGUGGUUUCUCUUUUAGUGCUCUCCGGUAUAUACAAAGAAAUGGACUGUCGAGCGAAUCCUCCUACCCAUACAUGGGUCUGAGAAGUAUUUGCAAAAAGGACAAAUUAGUAGCGGCAAGGAUAUCAGGCUUUCGGCUUGUCUACUGGACCGAGGAUGCUCUGGAGAAAGCGGUAGCGAAGCAGCCCGUGAUUGUCAGAUUACAAGGCACAAUUUAUCUUGAUAAUUACAAAGGGGGCAUCAUGGAGUAUGAAGCCUUGCCAACAAGAACUAACAUGCAUAAUGUCUUGAUUGUUGGUUAUGGCACGGAUCCCAACGGUGUUAAGUAUUGGCGCUUCAAGAACUCAUGGGGAGAUGAUUGGGGCGAGGGUGGGUUUGGGAGGAUCCGCAGGCAUGUUGCUGACAAGCGAGGUGUCUUGGGUAUGUUUAUGGAGCCAGGACUAUAUCCAGUGCUUAAUAUCUGACAUAUCUUGGUUGGACCAUAGUUUGUGAAAUUUAUGCGUCCCUCCUCUGUCUAUGAUCUUAAAUUUUGUUAUACUCUGAUAUAUGAUUUUUCUUGUGAUACCGUAUAUGUCAGACAUGAUUUUAUAUCUAAUCCUUGAUGAACUUCUUGCCUGUCAAGUUGAGUUGUACUCGUGAAGGACUUGCGUCGUCGGAUGCCUGUGAUAUAUCUGAUCAAUGUUGGUGUUUUGCUGGUGAAAUUGAUGCUUCAUCCUUUCUCUUGUGACAUUGAGGUGUGC